UUUGAAUCGUAAAAGAAAAAGAACCAGGGUAGAAGAUAAUAAUUCAAAUAGUGGAAUUAGUGAAGAAUUAAAUAUUAUUGUAAAUGAUGAGGAAGAUCUAGUUAAAGAAAAAGAAAAUAAUAGACAUGCAAUAAAUAUUCUUUCUAAUGCUGAAUUAAAAAUUUUAUUAACUGCUGAUUUUGAAACACAUGUUCAAAGAAGAUUAAAUCAAUUAGAAAGUAAUAAUUAUAAUACUAUUAGUUUAGAUAUAAUUAAACAAGAUAUAUUAUCAAUUGAAUUUAUUAAAGAAAUCAUAAAACUCUCAACAAUUUUUAUUAUUGAUACAACAUAUCUUUCUAUAGAAGAAGUUGUUGAUAAAAUUUUAUUAAAAACUUCAAAUACAAUUACUAAUUUAAAAUUAGGUGAAGAAGAUUAUACAACUGAAAAAUCUUUGAAAUUGAUUGGUGAAGAAAUAGAAAUUAUUUAUAAUAGUGAAAAAUUACAAAAACCAUUAACUAAACAGGCUAAAAUUUGGUGGAAAAGUUGUUGUUCUGAGAUUAAAAUUUUAAACGAAAAAGAAGCACUUACUGAAGAAUGUUUUAUUGUCAUUGUUGCUUUUGGUUUAAUUGGUGCCAGAAAAACAACUUUUUUAAAUGAAUUAAAAGAUUAUUUUGAAAAACAAGAAUUAAAAGUUUAUCUUCCUGAAGAGAUGUCACUCCGUCUUGGACAAGAUUUGGAAUAUGGAUUUAUGUUUCAAGAUCUUUUAAUUGACACAUAUCAGGAAGAAAAUGAAAUAAUUAGAAAAGAUGAAUAUGAUAUCUAUUUAAUUGAUAGAACUGCCAAAGAUAUUAAGAUUUUUUCUGAAAUUCUUAUUGAUAAUAAGUUGAAACUUGAUUAUUUUAAAAAGAAAUUGAAAAGAGAAGAACAAAUUAAUGUUAAAUUUAAUUUUUUUAUUAAAUGUUCACCUGAAAUUUGUUAUGAACGAAAAAUUGAAAGAAAUAGAAAGAGUGAAAAAGUUUCAUUAGAAUAUUUAAAAUCUCUUUGUGAAAGUUAUGAAAAAAAUGCUUUUAAAUUAUAUUCUAAACACAUUGUUUUUAAUACUGAUGAUGCUAAAGUAGAAGAAUAUAAUAC